AUGGCAAAUAUUCAAGUAGUCCUUCUGUUGAGCCCAUUGCUAGCGCUCGCGUUCUGUUAUCUCACAUUUGCAGCUGACCCAGCAUCUCUUCAGGACUUCUGCGUGGCAGGGUUUGGUUGCCUCUUGAUUGCAGUGAAACUGAAUGGGUUCCCAUGCAAAAAUCCUGCUUGGGUACAGGCAAAUGACUUCUCCUUCAGCGGGCUCCACAAUCCUGGCAACACAGGCAACCAAUUUGGAUCUGCUGCCACCCUUGUUAAUGUGGCUCAAAUUCCAGGGCUCAACACUUUGGGAAUCUCGAUGGCCCGGAUCGAUUAUGCUCCAUGGGGCAUCGUUGCUCCACAUUACCAUCCUAGAGCCACUGAAAUUCUCACGGUCAUUGAGGGAUCUCUUGAAGUUGGAUUCGUCACAUCAAAUCCUGAUAAUCGCCUCUUCUCCAAAAUCCUCCAAAAGGGAGAUGUAUUUGUGUUCCCAGUUGGCUUGGUUCACUUCCAACGGAAUAUUGGGCAUAUGAAUGCGGUGGCAAUUUCUGGUUUGAGUAGCCAAAAUCCAGGAGUUAGUACCAUUGCCAAUGUUGUCUUUGGAUCCAAGCCUGAGAUAUCCACUGACAUUCUCGCAAAAGCAUUCCAGAUUGACAAGAAUAUUGUGCAACAAAUCCAGUGGAGGUUUUAG